UCUUUGAUUCUGCUGUUCUCCAAGAAUGAUGAAUUGCCAUAUGAAAUUGCAUAACUUGAAAAAAAUUAAAAAUUACGAAACAUAAAAAAAAAAUGAGAUUAUUUAUGAAAUAGAUUUGCCGGAUAGUUAAUCAUUAUAAAUGACUGUCGCAAGACAGUCGCAGACAGUCGUAUCGCAAUUGUCGUCUGAAUCAUAUGUUAUGUGUCAACGUUAAUACCAUUGUUUUAUCGCGUUAUUACUCCAACAUAUUUACAUAAUUGUUUUUUCAAUUGUUCGACACACGCAGUCGUGAACGUUGAAGACAACUGCGCAGACAACGAAUACAGAAGCUCAGUUAAGUCUGCUUCAUUUAUAUAUAUACAUCGUCUUUUUAUAGUUGAGGUUAUGUUUCCUAUGAGACGAAAAAAAAAGAAAAAUAUCCUGAAAUGGUACUAAAUAAUUAUUAAGAUCUCUACGGUAGUGAAGAAAAAAAAGGCUUAAAAACGGCAACAUACGGCGAAAGAGUACAGGAGGAAAGUUAUCCGACCAAUUUGCAUCCAUUAUUAAUGACUAAUAAACAACAAAACAUGUUGAGCCAAAAAUUAAGUAACAGAAGGCUAACAGUUGACCUCCUUGCGCUCAUGUUUGGUCUUGGAGCAUGGAUUGGAGUCAAUGGUAUAUAUGUUCAAUUACCUCUUCUGGUGAACAAAGCUCCAGAAGGAUGGAGUCUUCCAGCACAUAUGGUUAUGCUAGUACAAUUUGCUAACUUGGGACCAAUACUUUAUACAUUAUAUAUAAAGUAUAGUAAAUGGGCAUGUGAGAAAUAUAUUAUAUACAUACUGUUAGCAGCAGGUGCAAUGUCCACAAUUAUAUUAGCUUUUGUAUAUGAUAAAACAUCAGUAAUAUUUGGCAAUGAGCAUUCCACUGCUCUGUUGUCCUUAAUGUUUGUAACUGCCACUGUUGGAUGUACGAGUUCAGUUCUUUUCAUGCCUUACAUGAGGAACUAUAGAGAGAUUUAUUUGGUGACCUAUCUUGUAGGAGAAGGGCUCAGUGGGUUUGUGCCUAGUCUGGUGGCAUUAAUCCAAGGUGUGGGUGGAAAUCCAGAGUGCAGAAAUGCCACUACAUCCAAGUCAACUAAAGUAGAGCUUGUACCUUAUUAUCCAGAACCCAGGUUCUCGUCUGAAACAUUUUUUAUUUUCAUUGGUGUGUUAUUUUCAUUGUGUUAUCUGGCCUUUUUGGGAUUGAAUACUCUGUCUGUUGCUGUUGGAGAACGUGUUAAACAUGCAGGAAGUAUGGAAACAUUACCAACAGAUACAAGAGCACCUCCUAGUUAUAAGACCAAUUCUGGUUGGACAAUGUCUAAACAGGUGUAUUCUUAUUUAUUAGUUAUGAUGGCAAUUGUUUGCUUCCUAGGCAAUGGUACAUUACCAAGUAUUCAGUCCUAUUCUUGUUUACCAUAUGGGAAUAUUGCAUAUCAUUUGACUGUAACAUUGUCAUCAAUGGCUGGUCCAUUGGCAAUGUGUUUAGGUUUUGUUAUUAAAAUACCAAAAGUGAAUUUUCUCACUAGUCUCAUGAUAAUUGCUUUAGUAUUAUCUGGGUUUGUCUUUUUCUUAGCUGUUAAAUCACCUGCACCACCUUUACAACAUAGCUGGGUAGGUGAAUUUCUAGUAGUUUUAUCUUGGAUAUUGAUCAAUGGUUUAAUAGGUUUCAUAAAAUUGGGUAUCACCACGUUGUUCAGACCUGAUCCUGGUAGAGGUUUGUAUUACACUGGUGUUGCAACCCAAAUUGGAUCUCUAAUUGGAGCAGUAGUUACGUUCGUUCUAGUGAACCAUACAAAAUUGUUCCAGUCUUAUUCCCCCUGUUCAUUAAUUCCAGCACAAUAACAGUUGUUACAGAAUAUAAAUAGCUCAA